CGCCUGUCCCCCUCGGGGGUCGGCGGUGUGCGGGUCCGGGCUCUCGGUGGGUUAUUCCCGGCUGCGUUCCCGGUAACAUUCUCGGUAAUAUUCCCGGUGGCGUCCCUUGCCGUCAUGGAGCUCUCCUCCCAGGCUCUGAGAACCACCCACCAGGCGAGGGAAGCGGAGGAGAUGCGAACAGAAGCUCGUCGGAAAAAUCUCCUCAUUCUAAUUUUGCAUUAUUUAAUCAAGGAAGGAUAUGUUGAUGCCGCAAAUGCUUUGGAGCAAGAGACAAAAUUAGGUUUACGUGGCUUUGAAGUUUGUGACAACAUUGAUCUUGAGACAAUUUUGAUGGAAUAUGAAAGCUACUAUUUUGUAAAGUUUCAAAAGUAUCCUAAAAUUACCAAAAAGGUCCUGGAGACUGCAGAAAAUAAACAGCUGAGAAGUGGAGGAAGAACAAGAAGGACAGCAACUUCUUCUCAGAAUGUACCAAGGGUCAAAAAACAGACAGUGCAACAACCAGUGUCAAAAACUUCCUCUGGGAGUACAGCAAAACCUAAAUCCUCCACCAAGGAGAGCACCAGACAGAAUAGUGAUGGUGCAGAUACUCUGGAUCAAUCCAAUUUUGGCUUAACCAUCUCAGGAAUCAGGAAAACUGCAGGAGACAGCUCUCACCCAAGAAAGGGCCAAAUAAUUGACUUCCACAAGAUGAUUCAGGAUGCUGUCAGAGUGCCACCAGAUGGAAUUCCCUUGAACAGCCUUAACAGUGAUCCAGAUCCAUCAGAACGAUUGUUGAAACCUCUUAGUGCUUUUAUUGGCAUGACUGGUGAGAUGAGGGAGCUUGCAAUGGUUGUAAGCAAAGACAUUUAUCUCCAUAAGCCGAACGUGAAGUGGGAUGAUAUUAUAGGGCUGGAUGCAGCUAAAAGGCUGGUCAAGGAAGCAGUUGUUUACCCCAUAAAGUAUCCAGAGUUGUUUACUGGCAUUCUGUCCCCUUGGAAAGGAUUAUUGCUAUAUGGACCACCAGGCACUGGAAAAACUUUGCUUGCUAAGGCUGUUGCCACAGAAUGCAAUACAACCUUUUUCAACAUAUCAGCAUCCACCAUUGUCAGCAAAUGGAGGGGUGAUUCAGAAAAACUGGUCCGGGUGUUGUUUGAGCUCGCCCGCUACCACGCUCCUUCCACAAUUUUUUUGGAUGAGCUGGAGUCAGUUAUGAGUCAAAGAGGCACUGCUCCUGGUGGUGAACAUGAAGGAAGUCGGCGGAUGAAAACAGAAUUACUGGUGCAGAUGGAUGGCUUGGCCCGAUCUGAUGAUCUUGUAUUUGUUUUAGCAGCUUCCAAUCUGCCAUGGGAGCUGGACUGUGCCAUGCUGCGGCGGCUGGAGAAGAGGAUCCUGGUGGACCUGCCGAGUGAGGAGGCACGGAGGGUGAUGAUCCAGCACUGGCUGCCCCCUCUCAGCAACAGCGGCGGGGUGGAGCUGAGGACGGAGCUGGAUUACAGCCUGCUGAGCCAGGAAACCAGUGGAUACUCUGGCUCAGACAUAAAACUCGUGUGCAAGGAGGCAGCCAUGAGACCAGUGAGGAAAAUUUUCGAUGCUCUCGAAAAUCAUCAGCCAGGUAACAGUAACUUGGCCAUGAUCCACCUGGACACAAUCACAACAGCCGAUUUCCUGGAUGUGAUCACCCACACCAAGCCAUCAGCAAAGAAUCUAAGCCAGAAGUACACGGCUUGGCAGAGGGAAUUUGAGUCAGUCUGACAGAAAACAAACCAAACCAACCCCAAAAUCAAAAACCUCAGCCAUUUGCCAUCCAAAGUGGCCUCCAAAGGAUCAGAUGUUGAUGGGGAAGGAGGUGCUGUUGUUUCAAGGAACAAAAUGCUGUGACAAGUGUCAGAGGGAAGUCUUUACUUUCAAAAUGCAAGGGUGGGUGAAGGGGUGGUGGUUACUCUUUAUGCAAAGAAGUUAUUGGAAUUAAUGUGAUGGCAGCUCCUAUGCAACAAAGCCUCCAGCCUUAAUUUUAUGCAUAAAGACUUAAAAGAUUGAUUGAGUCUCAGUCUUUAUUUAUGACAGAUUUUGGGUAGAACUGGAGGAAAGUUUAAAAGCAGAUAGAUAAUUACUGUAAUUCUCCAUUUCUGACACUAAGUAGAUCAUCACAGUCAGUGUAGCUUUCCCAGAAGAGACCUGCAUCCUUCCUAAUGAAACACAAAAUAGAAGUUUUCAGUGAAAUUCAGGACCUUAGCAAGGCAUGUAAAUUUGGCUAGUUUGUCACUAUAUUCAGAUGAGU